AGAUGAUCUCAUUCAGUGAGUUAGAGCUCAUGCGUUCACGAUUGGGCGGCCAGAUAAAUAAACCACCUCCUACGGAAUUACUCAAGACUUCUGAAUUGCCUAAGAUGCCUAAAGAUAGUAACUUUAGAAUGGAAAACUGUGAAGAUAUCAUACAAUUUGCCACAGCAACAUUCCGCGAAAGAAAACCAAGCGCACAAACACCGGAACAAUUGCAACACAACAUCUUGUCGUAA